AUCAUGGCAGCAGCCGUAGCAGAAGCGUUCAACAAAGAGUUUAGCUUCCUCAAGUACCGCGCCGUCGACGACCAAGAGGAGACGGUCACGGUCAAGCGCACCGCGUAUUGGUGCUACUGCGGUCCCCUGCUCGACCCAUUCUCAUCGUCUGAUCCAGACUUAGCGCUCCCUGCCAACUUUUACGAGUUCACCGAGGCGACUUUUACGGGCCCUGUUCACUCGAGGUUUCUCCCUUUUCUGAAGUACAUCAACUCUCUGCUCGUCAGCAAAGGUCUGAAGCAUUACAUGCUCACUAUUCGUGCCACGACGCCGACUCAUGAGUACGACCGUCCGAGAUGGCACACUGAUGAGCUCUUCUUUUCCAACCUUUCAAAGGGAAACCUACCUGGGACACGGUUAGGACUCAAGUCACAGUACAAGAAUGGAGAACGAAACUCGGGAACCAACUGGAAGAUAUGCACAACAGUUCUUGGCCCAUCAACUCUAUUCAUCCCUUUGGAGCACCAAGCAUCUGCCCGAAAAAGACAAGAAGAUGCGCGAGUAGCAGCUAGCACAGAACAUGAAUGCCUAAGCAUCCGCUGCGUCGGGUGCGCAUCUGCUGCCGAAGCCGUCAGGGAGGAGCUCACUCAGACCAUGAAGCCCUUGGGCGUCGAGGCAGCCAUGCCGGGAGAGUGUUCAGUGUUUCGAGUCGGAAGGGAUUCUGGCGCCGUGCAUUCAGAGCCGAGUAUGAGCGAUGGAGAACACGGGAGAAUCUUUAUAAACGUCGUGCCGGGAACGGAAGAGGAGCUUCGGAGUUUGACGACGAAAUGGGGGAUGGAGUUUCCCAGGCAGUGGUGGGUUGGGGGCCGAUAG